UCAAACACCAGCCACGUGACUCCCCGCUAUUUUUUUUUUUUUUUCUUUUCCGUCCUGGGCUGGAAACCUGGGGAGGUUACUACAAGUUAAGCUGAAGACUGAAGCGAGAGUCAGGUGGCCACUCUGCCAACCCUGGACCACUGCAAGGAUGACCUCUUCCUGCCCAGACUCAGACAACAGCUGGGUGCUUGCUGGCUCUGAGAACCUGCCUGUGGAGACUCUGGGCCCAGAACCCAGGAUGGACCCAGACUCUGAGGGAGCCUCCCAGGCCCUUUCGGACCCCUCCAAGGCAGAGGACGAAGAACUAGCUGGGACCUUAAAUGGGGAAGGGAUGCUUUCCCAAACAGAAGGUUCCCAGAAUGCAAGUGCUACUCUGCCCGAGGAGACUGAGGUCAAGGGCACACUGGGAUGUGAUGGUCAUGGGAUGGAGCCUCCCGGAGACACACUCACCCAGGAAGAUUUGCAGGCGACUCCUGUGGCGACAAGCCUGAGACCAGACACACAGGACCUGGAAAGUGAGAGCCCUCCACAGAACCUGCCCUCAAGUCCCAGAGCAGUUUGGAAAGACCGCCACUGCUCCAGCAGUGACGAAGACACUGACGUGGAUGUGGAGGGUCUGCGGAGACGGAGGGGCCGGGAGCCCGGCACACCCCAACCCAUGAUACCUGUGGACGUGGAGGACCAGGCCAAGGGCGAGGGUGCAGGAGGCGAGCUGGGCAUCUCCCUCAACAUGUGUCUCCUGGGGACCCUGGUUCUUCUGGGCCUGGGGAUCCUCCUGUUCUCUGGUGCGCUGUUGGAGCCUGAGACCGGGCCCAUGGAGGAAGCAGAGUUGCAGGUCUUUCCAGAUACUGAGCCAGAGACUGAGUUGGUACAUACUGUAGGGAACAGGCAGGAUGAGCUAGAGCAGCUGCAGGCCUCGGUACCACCGGACAGUAGCCCCAGCCUACAGAGCAUGGGGCUUCUGCUGGACAAGCUGGCCAAGGAGAACCAGGAUAUCCGGCUGCUGCAGGCCCAGCUGCAGGCUCAGAAAGAAGAGCUUCAGAGCCUGCUGCACCAGCCCCAAGGGCUGGAAGAGGAGAAUGCCCGACUCCGGGAGGCCCUGCAGCAGGGCAAGACCUCCCACCAGGUCCUAGAGUCAGAACUUCAGCAGCUAAGGGCCCGACUCCAAGGCCUAGAGGCUAACUGUGUCCGGGGCGUAGAUGGGGUGUGUCUCAGCUGGGGUGGAGGCCCAGGUGACAAAGCCACCAAGGAGCAAGGCCACAAGGGACAGGAGCCAGACCCCAGCUUAUCAGAGCAGCAGAAGCGGCUGGAGGCUGAGGCCCAGGCCCUGAGGCAGGAGCUGCAGAGGCAGUGGCGGCUGCUGGGGUCUGUGCAUCGUGACUUGCAGAGGGGCUUGCAGAAUGCUGGCCAAGGAGCCCCAGCUCGUGCUGGCCUGGCUGAACUUGGCCACGUGCUGGCCCAGACAUUGCAGGGCCUGGAGGACUGGGGUCGUAACCCCGGCAUUCCUGCCAACGACUCGGGGGCCUGGUCCCAGAAGAAGCCCCACUUCCAGAAUUCCAGGGAGUGGAGUAGAAAGGAGAAGUGGCAUGGUGGGCCGAGGGACCAGAAGGCUGAGCACGGGAAGCAUAGGAAGGAGGAGUCUGGCCGGGAGAGGAAGAAGAGCUGGAGGGAUGAGGACGGGGAACCAGCCGGGGGGUGGAAGGAGGAGAAGCCCAGGGUAGAAGAACUGGGGAACAGGAAAGACGGCAAGCGGCAGGACCCCAAGGUACACCCUACGAAAAGUGGGAACACCCACUCUGGAGAAAGGCAGAAGCGUUCUUGGGGGAAAGACAACGGCCCUGACCCCCUGUCCUCCUGGGAGGAGCUGCUGAGGCGCAAGUACAGGCCCCCUCAGGGCUGCUCAGGGGUAGCCGACUGUGCCCGGCAGGAGGGCCUGGCCUUUGGCACAGAGCUAGCCCCCGUGAGGCAACAGGAGCUGGCCUCGGUGCUGAGAGCGUACUUGGCGAGGCUGCCCUGGGCUGGGCCGCUGACCAAAGAGCUGCCCCUCUCACCUGCCUACUUUGGAGAAGAUGGCCUCUUCAGGCAUGACCGCCUUCGCUUCAGGGACUUUGUGGAUGCCCUGGAGGACAGCCUGGAGGAAGUGGCAAUAAAACAGAUGGGUGAUGACGAUGAAGUGGAUGACUUUGAGGAUUUCAUCUUCAGCCACUUCUUUGGAGACAAGGCGCUGAAGAAGAGGUCAAAGAAGAAGGAGAAGCACUCCUGGAACCCCAGAGUUGUGGGGCCCAGGGAAGAGCAUGGCCGCCAUCCCCACCACUACCACCAUGGCUGAGCUCUGCUCCUGCUGCAACAGAUGACCUUGGCAAGCACCCAGCUCAAGGUCCCUGGAAUUGACUCUAGAAGCUGUGUUCCCACUGUCCAGUGGGUCCCUCUUGGCUCUUUAGUGCCCUCGAGUGCCCUUCACAGAAGACAGCAAAGCACUUGGCCCUGCACUGGUACCACUUUUGCUACAAAAAGACCGCAGUUGGUUCUAUGCAAAUACAUGCAAACGCUGAAGGCCCUGGGUACUGAGUGUGUAGGGGCCUGCUGGGGAGCCUGCCAGGGACGAUUCUGAAGCCAGAGAGCUGUUCUCCUUUUUUUGUGGCAGCCCCCAGGACCACAACAGAGCCUGCAAGCCUGCACUGGAGCUGCUGGUUGGAGACUUAGCUCCAGACCCUUGCCCUGGGGUUUUGUUAGCUUUGGAGGCAGCUGUUCCCCGAGCGUGAAGUGUCCUUGUUAUCAUGCUUCUCCUGUGGCUUUCGCCUCCCUACCUGAGCUGCCACUGGAGGUGGUCUGUCAGUUCAGGGGACACCACGCAAUGGCCACUCCGGUGGAUGGGUACAACCUAGACACCACACUCAGCCCUCCCGUCCUGCUCCCAGCCCUCCCGCCCUGCAGCCCCUCCCCAUGCUCACCCACCUUUCCCCAGGAGCCUAGCCUCGAGCCCAGCCACCAACUGCCUCACUGUUGCCCCGACUGAACCCCUGUGGAACCCUGGGCUCCAAUCCAGGCUGGGUAGCCUCAGGCCAGGUCAUCACAGUAUUCUUAUCCUCGGAAAGUGGACUGAGGGCUAAGGAACAGAGUAAAUAAAGCUCGGAAGCAAACACCCUGCUUCUUCCACACA